ACCGAGACACUCGCCACGGGCGGCACUCGUGGUGGCAACAGCAAGUUAACAUUUCGGCGAGCGCUCUGCUCCUGACAUUCAGUUCAAGUUCCUGGUGAAUAUCUGGUGUCCGUGGCACGUGCCCGAGUGAAGUGUUUUACAGACAACGCGCUUCUAAUGCGAACGGUGGUGUUUUGUGUGACUGUGAAUCAUUGUUUUUCUCUGAAGAAAUAACAUCAAUCACUGAAAACAAAGGACUCGGAAUAUCUGGAUCUAACAAGGACGCAGUCGGUGGGGAUUGAAAAAUAUCACACGACGUGAUUUUAAAAGUCUUCCAGUAUUGUUGCGGUAGAGAAAUAAAGCAAGAAGCUGACUCGCAAGACCGAACGCUUUCUGUGGCAGGAUGACGGCUACUUUGGUUCUGGCGUUGGUGUCACUGCUGGCUGGCUCCGCGGCUUCCAAACAGAACUUCCAGACACUUUACGAAUGGACGUUUCUUAGCUACGACCUGCCGGAUGACAACUAUAUACCGCAGAACAACCUGUUCACCGGGCUGGAAGUGACCUCGGACCGCAUCUUCCUGGCACUGCCGAAUCUCCGAAGUGGAGUACCUGCCACUUUGACUUGGCUACCUCGGCCCGAUCAUCCGAUUGCUUCCUACGUUGGAAAGUCGCCCCCACUACAGCCGUACCCGGGCUGGGAGUGGCAGGGGACUGCCGGGAACUGCACCGGUCUGGUAUCGGUGUACCGCGCGCGUGUGGACCGUUGCAACAGACUGUGGGUGCUGGACAGUGGCGUCAUUACUACCCUGGACGACUACUCGCCCGUCUGUCCCCCGAAGAUCUUCGUGUUCGAUCUCAAAACUGACUCGCUCGUCCACAACAUCGUAUUGCCCAGACAGGUACUGAGGCCCAACUCGCUGUUGACGAAUCUGGUGAUCGACUACGAGGUUGCUGGGACGGCGGGAGGGUUUGGCAGUUUUUACGGAUUCCAGCAACAGACCUGUGACGACGUUUUCCUAUACAUUACUGACACCGCUGGCGCGGCCAUUAUUGUGUACGACGUGAGAAGGGCCGCUUCCUGGAGGGUUUUCGACCCGAGCAUGUUGCCUCACCCCGACCACAGCACGUACAACAUCGCCGGGGAGUCGUUUACCCUCCCGGACGCAGUAGUAGGCAUCGCUUUAUCGCCUGAGACCAACAUAUUCGGAGCGCAAUUGCACGGAGACCAGCGAGUGCUGUAUUACCACCCGUUCGCGGCGCUGCGCCUCUUCGCCAUCCCCACGUCUGUACUGCAGACUCCGCCACAAUCAGAAGCCGACCUGCAGGUGAAACUCGUCUUCGAGAAAUCAUCACAAUCCGCUUCUCUGGCUUCCGACCCCAUUGACGGGACCUUGUACUUCAACCCAGUGUCGGAACUGGCCAUCGUGUCUCUGCGACCUGGCACUCCGUAUGCACAGAUUGUGGUAAAAGACUCUGAGGCACUGCAGUUCUCAUCAGACAUCCGGGUUACGCCCAAUGACAACUACAACAUCUGGUUCAUCUCCUCCAAGUUCCAGAAGUACUUCCGCCAGACAUACGAUCCGAACACCAUCAACUUUCGGAUUAUGAGGAUCCCUCGUCAUCUUCCUUCGCCCAACAAAUCUUUUGCCUUCUUCUAGCCAGCCAUUGAUUGUCGCACUGAAUAACCAGGACACAGUAUCUCGGGCUGCAAGAAAUUUCUCUGAGUCAAGAGAGUAUCAAGAAUGGGCUACCUCAUAUAUAACAAGUACCAAAUUUUGGUAAAAUAAAUUUGAAGACAAUACGGACGAUGUGAACGCUCCCAAAUUUCACUUUGCCUGCAAGUCAGACUCCGGCACUCAAAACGAUUUUUGAGAACAUACUCUUAGCAUCGAUACACAGCUUAUCCUAAUAUUCUGUGUCAGCUGACAAAUCCAGUAAAAGUUGAACAAAGUUGUUUAUACAUAUAUACACACAAGCAAAAAGUAGUGUAAUUAUAUGUACAUCCUACAUGUCAAGGAGAAUGGUAAUUUAAAAGUAUUCAUGUCUACCAUAACAUGUUUAACUUAGCCUGUUAUUUUUGUAAUUAAAUGUCUUUGCACAACUUGCAUUAUCCUCUUUUGUACAAACUAUUUGCAGGGAAUGAAAUGUACAAACUGUAGGUUUAUGAUACAGUCAGCUGUAUUAACGAGACUGUUUAAAACGUGUUUUGUAAAAACCUUUCUGUAAUGACUGAUAUAUCAGAGUGGUGGCUAAAUUCAACAUCCAAAGCCUGAGGCGUCCUGAUCCUCUAAAGUUAUGAAUAAAACUAUUGAAAUGUUUUAUAGUU